CUUAAAUAAUACGGCAGGAUAGCAGUAGUCAAACUCAACUCUUACCCCCCUCUUCCUCUUCCUCAGUUGAUAGUAUUUCUAAAACUCUAAAACUCUCAACAACCCUAAAUUAUAUUCUCCCUAAGCCCUCUCCUUCUCUAAAUCCCCCUUCUCCCCCCCAAACCCUAAUGGCCGAAUCCAAGGAAUUUCAAUUAAACGAACCAUAUUACGGCCCCCCGAUCCCUCCCUCCCAACCCCCACCUCGCAAUUCCCCCACACCCUUGAAAUUCAAUUUCGACGUCUACUCCUUGCUCUGCACCAUCACCAAAGUCACCACCGUCUUCCUCAUCAUCAUCGGCGUCAUCGUCCUCGCCCUCUGGCUCAUCUAUCAGCCCCAGAGCAUAAAGGUAUACGCCGAAUCCGCCUCCCUAUCAACCUUCAAUCUCUCCGUAGUCGACAACAACACCCUCCUCGCCUACGACCUCGCCGUCAAUUUCACUUUCCGAAACCCUAAUCGUAAGUACAGCAUCUAUUACGAACGCGUGGAUGUUCAGGCUUUAUACGGCGGGUACCAGAUCGAGUCCAUGAGGCUCUCGCCGCUGCGGCAGCAGAGGAAGAGCUCGAUGCCGGUGGGGGUGAGAUUUGAGGGGCGGAGGGAGACGGCGGCCGGAGAUAAUUAUGGGAGGGAGAAGGGGGAGGGGUUCUUCAGAAUUAGGGUUAAGAUGUAUGUGACGGUGAGGUUGAAGAUGAUCGUGGUGGAGAGCGUGAAGUUUAAGCCGGAUGUGGAUUGCGAUUUGAGGGUUCCGGCGCCGGGGAACUCCACUUCUUUGGCCGCCGGAUUUGUCGGAACGGAUUGUGAUGUAAGCAAUUUCUCUUGAAUUUGUUCUUGCUGAAAAAAGGUUUGAUUUUGGGGUU